GCUACGUGUUCAUAUUCGCGACAGUUCAGGAAGCAUCCACAUACAGCUUCAGAAACAAGUCAGACCUGGGGAUUUCUUUUGGAAAAUAGUACACCAAAACCAGCACCAUGUUGCCGACCACUUCGCCGCAAAGCAACGGCGCCCUCAGUUCGCGCGAUGCUGCACGUCACACGGCGGGAGCAAAGCGCUACAAGUACCUCCGACGGCUGCUCCAUUUCAAACAGAUGGACUUUGAAUUCGCCCUGUGGCAGAUGCUUUACUUGUUCACGUCGCCACAGAGAGUCUACCGCAACUUCCACUACAGGAAACAGACCAAGGACCAGUGGGCCAGGGACGACCCUGCUUUCCUAGUACUGCUCAGUGUCUGGCUCUGUGUGUCAACAAUAGGCUUUGGUCUGGUGCUGGACAUGGGAGUCCUAGAAACUCUGAAGCUGCUGCUGUGGGUGGUCUUUGUUGACUGUAUAGGAGUUGGUCUGCUCAUAUCAACCCUUAUGUGGGUUAUCACCAACAAGUACCUGCUGAAACAUCCCAGCAGAAACUUCGAUGUGGAGUGGGGCUACGCGUUCGAUGUUCACCUCAACGCUUUCUACCCUCUUCUAGUCAUCCUGCAUUUCCUGCAACUCUUUUUCAUCAACCAUAUUGUGGUGAUAAACUCAGAGUGGUUCCUGGGAUACUUUGUUGGGAACACUAUGUGGCUGAUCGCCAUCAGUUAUUAUCUCUACAUCACAUUCUUAGGGUACAAUGUUCUACCCUUCCUGAAGAACACUGUGGUGCUGCUCUACCCCUUCGCUUUGCUCGGCCUAAUCUACGUCCUCUCCGUGUCCCUGGGCUGGAACUUCACCCGGGGUCUCUGCUGGUUUUACAAGUACAGAGUCCAGUAGGACCAGUUUGUCUGUGAGAUUGGACACUAGUUGGCUCCAGGCAGACACAAAAUCACUCGCACGUAGGUGGCAACGAAUCCAUUUCCUGCUUCUGUCGGUCAGCAUCUGGUUGACUCUUAGUGAACUGGGACUCACUGAGCUGGACUCUCUAUUGACUCUGUUGAUAUUCUUUUUGGCUCUUAUGUUGAGCUGCAAAGUCAAUGAUGUGAUUGGACUGGUAUUAGAGACAAGGGGACAGAUGAGACACAGCUUUUACUGUUGUUCUUUUUGUAUUAUUUGUAAAUAGUAUCGAAGCAGGUUGUAAUAUAUACACACACCAGUGGCUGUUUCUGAAGAGGAAGAAUUUGCUUUGUUUCUUUGAGUUUUCUUACAAAAAAAAAAAAAAAGCCUGAAAAAUCUAAUCUUGCUUAUUGAAGAGAUAAAAUGAAUGUGAGGAACAUGGGGUGCAAGCCUUUUUUUUUUUCUUUUCUUUUUUCUUAAAGUGUACAUUCUUAAGCACUUUCAAUAAAAGGUUUUAUUAAUUUAA